UUUGGCUACUGUUGCUGCUCUUACGGUCCGUGUCCUCAGGUGGACAGUCAGCUCGCAGAUGGAUUGAGGACAGUCGAGCCCUACAGAAAAAGAGAAAUGUUGACCCUGUAAGGACCAACAUGAUGCAAUUUAUUAUAUUCUUUAUCUGGCUUGCUGGAAAUGUUCGACUAGUUCUUAAUUCACCGACUCUGGGAUCGAAAGACAAUCCCAGAGUUCUGAGCAAAGAUAUAGUCUGCGGUGGAUUUGAAUACCCAGUUCAUCAGAACCAUAGUGUGUUCUUUUAUCAUGAGGACUCAGGAGAGAUGUAUAUUGGAGCUACGGAUUUUGUGCUGAAGCUUGAUGUGGAGGGCUUUCAUAUUAUGGAGAAUUUUUCCCUGAAAGCCCCGGGCCAGCAACACUGCGAAGAGGGCCGAUGUGAAAAUGUUAUCACUGUGAUUGAGAAGUUUCAGGACAGCCUGUUUGUCUGUGGAACAAAUGGAAACAAACCGCAGUGUUGGAAGCUUUUUCCUUCAGUGAACAACCAGUCUCUUGAAAUAGUGGAGAGUUAUGAGGGGAUGGGUAUCUCUCCGUUUGUGUACACGCACAACGUUAUUUCGCUCUCUGUAGAGGGGGAUCUUUAUUCAGCAGCGCCUUUGGACACGGACGGAAGUUCAUUACAAUUCAGAAGGAAAGCUGGUAGCAGAACUAAUGUCUGGAUGUAUGACAACUGGAUUUCAGAGCCCACAUUUAUUUCUGCGACGUGGGUGGAGCGGAGGGAAGAGCCUGACAACGAGAAAAUAUACAUAUUCUUCCGGGAAAAGAACUCGGAUCACAACCCGGAGGCUGACCCCUGGAUAUCGAGAGUUGCCAGAGUCUGUAAGGUAGAUGAAGGUGGAUCGAAAAGAUUUUUCCAGAACAUAUGGACAUCUUUCCUCAAGGCCCGGCUUGUUUGUGGAUUUCCUGAGAAGUCGCUUUAUUUCAACCAUCUUCGAGACAUUUAUGUGGUGCAAGGCGAGGACUGGGUUGACACGACAGUCUAUGGCCUUUUUACAAGCAGCUGGAACGCCACAGCCGUGUGUACAUAUACAAUAGGGAAGAUUGAAGACGUAUUUGAGAAUUCAACUUUCAAGGGCUACAACAAAGAUAUUCCCAACCCAAGGCCAGGAACAUGUGUAAAAAACAGCAGGAACCUGCCACUGACCACCGUCAAUAUGGUGAAGGAUUACCCGGAAAUGACUGAUUGGGUUCAAUCCAUGCAUCAAACAGCUCCGUUUUAUGUUAGCAGCAACAACUACACGAAGAUUGCUGUGGACCGAGUGCGGGCAGCAGAUGGUCGCAUGCAUAACAUUUUGCUUCUAGCUACUGAUUCUGGGAAGAUCCAUAAAGUCUUAGAAGAUGGGGCAGAGCCUUUCAUCAUCUCUGAAACACAGCUCUCCAGCCGCUCAACCGUACAAUCAAUGAAGCUUGACUCCAAAAAGAGAAAGUUAGUGGUGGGUUUUUCGGAGAAAAUUUUGAUCAUUGACCUUCAGAGAUGUCAGGAGUACAACCAGUCCUGUGCAGAUUGUAUUCUGGCCCGGGACCCCUACUGUGUCUGGACGGAGUUGGGAUGCACUCCGACUGUCACUGGUGGCAUCCAAAAUAUCCUUGACGGUAACAGAAGUGUGUGUCACCCAUCUGACGAAGAGCAAAAGCAAAUUAACCGGACCAAACGGGAGACUGGUUCAUUAUCUACAGUGGAUUUGAGGACAACCUAUUCGGUUCCCCUGGGUGUCCCCUUCUAUCUGUCAUGUCCUAUAGACUCUUACCACGCUGUGUACACCUGGGAGCAUACAGGCCAGGGAAGCCCUUGUCUACAAAUGCAGUCCAACUGCCUGCACCUCAUCCCCGCCAUGACGCAAGAGAACUAUGGUGGUUAUGAGUGUGUUUCCAAGGAGAGAGACUACACCAAAGUGGUGAAAACGUAUCAGCUUAAACAGCAAACGAUCCAGGUUACAACAAGAGACACUGAAAGAGACAAUAACCAUAUAACAAUUAAUUAUGCAUCAGCUGGGGUGCUGCAGAUAACAUUGAUCCCCCUCACACUGGCUGUCACAGUGUCUGCGAUUUUCAGAUAGGCUUUGCACAAAUUACUAUUUAAACUUAGCAUUUGUUUCGUUUUAUAAAGCCUUUGUGUUUGGCCAUACCUCCUGUUUUUACAAACCAAGCAUCAAUAUCCUUAGCCCUUUUGUCCUUGUCCAGGAUGUAAGCAGCAUUAAAGGAAACUCACUUCCACGGAGAUUGCAACUCAACAAUCGAAGCAGGAACACUCCUGCAGGGAACCCACACUUUACCCAAAGUGGUCACUGUUUUCGGCAGAAAAGUAAGAGCUCUAAGUCCAUAGAAACAUGCUGUAGCCAGGUUUCUUUGUAUAAAGAGGUGGUGUACGAUGGAGCAAAAAAGCAGAACCACUGGUCAGCAGGGCCCAUGUUAAGUAAUGAGAUGGUCACUAAUGGUGUGUGUUUGGAUCUUCUCAUUAUCAGUCAAUAACCUUAGUGUCCUUUAUAAGUUACUGCAAUGUCAUUGAGUAACUGAGAAAAGGGAAAAUGUAAGAAGUGAAUUCCUAUCAACAAGAGCCAAACCAAACCCUUUAAAAUCAUCCCAGGCUCCAAAUCUCAUGCACAGUCACUACAGUACAAAGUUAGUAUGUAUAAGAGUGUGCACGUGUUGAGGCAAGAUCUAUCAGAGGUCAGAAAUAAAUGUAACAUUCCUGUGUCAUUUCCUUCUGUGUCCAACUUGGACACUGUUAACAGAUUAUUUGUGUUCAAGGAAGGGUGGGGGCACAUGUUUUCUGUCUGGUCUAACUCUCCCACUGCCGAAACAGUCAGUGGUCAGGGAGGCAAUGGGAGAAGCUGCAGGGUAAACAUUAUUUAAGUCUAAUAAUGUAUUAGUUUUGCAGCAUGUACACAGAGUUUUAUAUAUAAGCUAUUUUUAAAUAAGGUAUUUUUCAAGUAAGUUAUUUAUCUUAAAGUAAGUUAUGUAUCUUUUCUCAAACAGUAGCCAGUGUUUCCACAAGCGAUAAUUUGGAGAAAAUAGAUAAAAGAACCAGCUUAGUAAUGUCCAUUAGAGCACUAUACGGCUAAAGUGAGCAAUCACUAGGAACCAAAAGCUCAUCAAGUCUCAGACCUAGUAAGGCUCCAGCAGUAAAUCCUGAGAAUAUUCAAUUAAUCAUUGUUAUGCUUUAUUGUAAAAGGAAGACCUCCUUUUCUAAAAGUUACAUUGUCUUAAUUUAAACUACACACUAUUCUUUAGAUGUUUAAAUAAAUAUAUUUAUUUUAUUAAUAAAAUGUUGGUACGAUACCUUCUAUACUAGCCAGAGUGUCCUAUUUUUGUAUAAUGAUUGCUUGAAAAGUGUACAUAAAGACUGUAAACGAUCCUUAGUCAUUCCUCUACACCUGAAAGUGGUGUCGAGAACAGAGUUCAUUUUGUCCUCAGUAGGUCAUGCGUUUAUCAGACUCAGUAUACCACGUGCAGCUUGAGCGGAGUAGAGACAAGAUGUAAUGAUCUUUAUCUUAAUCUGUUUAUUCCUGGAUCCAAUGUGUCAACCUUGCUAAUGACGGCAUCUUGAUGCUACAAGAAUAAUUAUUCACAACAAAACUACUUAUCUCUUUGGCCACGUCAACAUGGAGGGAAAUCCUGCAUUCCUGUCAGAUUUUUUCUCAGAUAAGAAUAUUUGUAUAUAUAUUAUAUUAUAUUUUAAUGUU